CCAUUUGUGCCCGCAAUAAGCAUGCGGAAGUAGCAGAAACUUUAUUUAGGAAGGAAUAAAAUGUGUUUUGUUGCAAAUAUUGCAUCUGAAGGUUGAAAGGUUGAAAGAUAACUCUCUGGAAUUAAAUAUUGCAAUGGGUAAUAAAAGGAAAAUGAAGGAACGAAGGGAAGAAAAAUCCCUGGCAAAUAAAGAAGCUUACACAAGAAUGAACUUUUUGUAUCAGGCUUCCCAAACAGUUUUAAUGGAGAAUCCACAAAAUGUAGAGCUUUCAAGAUUUUAUAUCUUCACUAUGAAAAAUAUUGGACAAAAAUUGCUUUGUAAGAUAGACCCAUCCAUUAAGAGAACAGUCUGCAAAUAUUGUCACUCAGUUCUUAUUCCUGGUGUAACAUCGACGGUCAGAGUUAGAGGGAAAAGAGAAAAACAUGUGGUUGUAACAUGCUUGGACUGCGGGACGUUAAAACGAUUCAAUACUCGUAAGAAUUAUCAACUGUGGUGUGAGCAACAAGAGAAUGAAAACACACAGGAAGCAAAAUAAAAAUAGAAACUUUGUUGAAAAAAAUCACC